AACUUUUGAACGCAAUUCCUUUUACCAAAAUUUCCGUCCCUAUUCAAACCAAUCCAAUUCCGCCAAAGACAAAAGAAUUCUUCCCCAUUAAAUCCCCUUAUCCGACUGAAAAUAUUCCCUAGAAUCCGACCAGAUCCGAAAAAUCAUGGGAACCGAGAUAUCGGAGCCGUUGAUUCUCGACAAGGAAAGCAUCGACGACGGUGCCGGCAUCGAAUCGGAGCUCGUCCCUGAAUGGAAAGAUCAAAUAACGAUCAGAGGGCUCGUGGUAAGCGCCUUGUUAGGGACGCUCUUUUGUAUCAUCACGCACAAGCUCAAUUUAACCGUCGGGAUUAUUCCGUCGUUGAAUGUCGGCGCCGGGUUGCUCGGAUUCUUCUUUGUGAAGUCGUGGACCGGUUUUCUGACUAAGUUAGGGUUUCAAGUCUCACCUUUUACCAAACAAGAAAACACCGUCAUUCAAACUUGCGUCGUGGCUUGUUAUGGCCUUGCUUUUAGUGGGGGGUUUGGGUCAUAUAUGAUUGCAAUGGAUGAGAGAACAUAUAAACUUAUUGGUGCUGAUUACCCUGGAAACCGAGCUGAAGAUAUUAAGAACCCGGGGUUAGGGUGGAUGACUGGUUUUCUCUUUGUUGUCAGCUUCCUCGGGCUGUUUAGUCUUACUCCCCUUCGUAAGGUAAUGGUACUGGAUUAUAAACUUACAUAUCCAAGUGGGACUGCCACAGCAAUGUUGAUAAAUAGUUUUCAUACUCACUCUGGUGCUGAGCUUGCAGGGAAGCAAGUCAAGUGUCUUGGAAAAUAUCUAAGCAUAAGUUUCAUUUGGAGCUGUUUCAAGUGGUUUUUCAGUGGUAUUGGCGAUUCCUGUGGGUUUGAUAAUUUUCCCAGUUUCGGCUUAAUGCUGUUCAGAAACACGUUCUAUUUUGACUUUAGUCCAACCUAUGUUGGUUGUGGUCUUAUUUGCCCCCACAUAGUCAACUGCUCAGUUCUUCUUGGGGCUAUCAUAUCGUGGGGUUUCCUCUGGCCCUUCAUUUCUGCACAUGCCGGUGAUUGGUACCCUUCUGGCCUGGAAAGCAAUAAUUUUAAAGGUCUUUAUGGGUAUAAGGUCUUCAUAGCUAUUGCUCUUAUCCUUGGGGAUGGUCUUUACAACUUGAUCAAGAUAAUAUAUAUAUCUGCAAAGGAAGUGUGCAACAAAAGCACCAAGCAGAGCAAGCUUCCUAUUGUUAAUGAAGUUAUAGAUAAUGAGAGUUCUAAAGUACUUGCAGAGCAGAGAAAAAGAGAUGACAUAUUUCUUAAAGACAGGAUACCAACUUGGUUUGCUGCUUCUGGAUAUGUGGCCUUGGCUGCUAUAUCAACAGCUACUAUUCCAAUAAUCUUUCCAUCUCUAAAGUGGUAUUUGGUUCUUGUUUCAUACAUUAUUGCCCCUGCUCUUGCCUUCUGCAACUCUUAUGGAACUGGACUUACAGACUGGAACCUGUCUUCCACUUAUGGGAAGAUUGGUCUUUUCAUCAUAGCUUCCUUAGUCGGAAGCGAUGGUGGAGUCAUGGCUGGUUUGGCUGCCUGUGGGGUUAUGAUGUCUAUUGUCUCCACCGCAGCUGAUCUAAUGCAAGAUUUCAAGACGGGUUACCUUACUCUAUCAUCAGCCAAGUCUAUGUUUGUGAGCCAGUUACUGGGAACAGCCAUGGGAUGUGUCAUUGCUCCACUCACAUUCUGGAUGUUUUGGACUGCUUUUGAAGUUGGGUCACCUGAUGGUCCAUACAAAGCACCUUAUGCGGUGAUAUUCAGGGAAAUGGCCAUUCUUGGUAUUGAGGGCUUCUCGGAGCUUCCCAAGCAUUGUUUGGCUUUAUGUUUCGGAUUCUUCAUUGGUGCUGUUCUUGUAAACCUCUUGAGGGAUGUGACUCCCAAGGAAAUUUCACAGUUCAUUCCUAUUCCAAUGGCUAUGGCAGUUCCAUUCUACAUUGGAGCUUACUUUGCGGUCGACAUGUUCGUUGGAACAGUAAUCUUGUUUAUAUGGGAACGAAUUAACCAGAAGGAAGCAGAGGAUUACGCGGGUGCAGUUGCUUCAGGUUUAAUUUGUGGUGACGGUAUUUGGACAAUACCAUCAGCCAUACUUUCUAUCUUGAGGAUCAAUCCACCAAUUUGCAUGUACUUUGGGCCUUCUCUGAGUAGUUGAUUAGGAAACCGACUGGCUAUCAUUUGGAAUUGUAUUGUAUGAAGUGGAAGGUCUAUUAGAUUCUGUGUAUAUGUCUGUUCUUUUGUAUAUUUCCAAUCGUGGAUUAUAAGACAACAAUCUCUAUCAAGUAAUUGGAUUCAUCAGACGACUUAUCUGAAAUCUCAAAGUCGGUUUUACAAGUAA